AUGGAGUGGUCAAGAGUUGCUCUCAUUGUGCUUAUUUUUUUACUGUUCCAUCAGACAAGAAUCUAUGGAGAAGAAGUGGAGAUGAAAGUCAGACCAGGAGACAACAUCACUCUCUACUGUGAUCGCUCUAUAACUUCUGGUUUCCUCAUUGUAUGGAUAAGAAACUGCUCUCAUGAAAAUCAACCCUCUCUCAUAAUAGAUUUUACAAAAUGGGAACUGAAGAUAUUUCGGCGUUUCAGCUCUAUCUACAACCGCUACAGUAAUUCUCAUGAUCUACAUAUUACUAACAUCAGUGUCUCUGAUCUGGGAUUGUACUACUGUGCAGAACUAGAGAAAAAGGUAAAUAAAGAUGAAAAAGGCAUCAUCUCCUCAUCAGAGGUGUACUAUUAUGGAAACCAAACAACUCGUCUCUCUCUGGAAGUGUCUUCCUGUUCUGGACCCUUGAACAUCACCUCCACACCACCUCUUGUAUCUGACUGUGUGCUGUGCUGGACGCUGCUGUUCAGUGUGUGUCCGGUGUGCGUUCUCCUCUUCUCCAUUUGUUUGUUCUGCCUCUGUUGUAAGAAAACUACAGGUAAUCAUUCACUAAUUCACAAACCUUUGUGUUUUCUACUUUAA